AUGUUGGAGAUGGAUACCUUGGUCAUCGGCAAUGGAAGUCAAAUCGAGGGCAAACUCUUGGAUCCCUUGCAAAGGAACUUCCUCCAGGUGCAGAGCAUUCUGGACCAGAACAGGCUCCUGAUCAACGAGAUCAACCAGAACCACGAGUCCAGAAUCCCCGACAACCUCAGCCGCAACGUCGGCCUCAUCCGAGAGCUCAACGACAACAUCCGCCGCAUCGUCGAUCUCUACGGCAAUCUCUCCGUCUCAUUCGCCGACUCCAAGGACGCAGACUCUGAUGGAAAGCGCGGCCACAAGAGGAACAGACCGUCGUAAAGAAUCAUUCAAUUUACCUAGAUAGAAAGAUAUCAAGGAGGGAAGAAGAGAAUGAGACAGCUUACACUUGUUAGCAUACAGAACAGUGUAUAAGCUUUGCAGAUGAUCAGCUUGCAGAUCAAAAAUAAAAGGUGAUUAUUUCUCA